AUGGGACGCCUUCACAAUUCUCCUUUUAGCGCCUGGGCUAAAGAUUUAUCCAUGUCGGAAGCUGAUAUAUGGGACAUUAUUGCCCAGUUUUGCAGGAUCGAGUCUGCUAUGAACGUUUUCUCAAACCAUGUCUCGUUAACACUAGGGCUGCAUUUCCGAAGGAUUUCGUCUCCAACGCGACAGCCUGGUCAGUUCAGCCACAAGCCCAUCACUAGUGUAGCAGACGGCUAUAAAGCAAGAAAUCAGUUUAUGAAUGACGUUACGGCUCGCUACUCGGAGCUCCAGAAAUAUCAGGGCAAUGAGGCCUUUUGGUCCCAGCGGCACAUGCAGCGGGAGAUUCGCGCUCUACGCAAAUGGGGCUCAAGAAUUAUGCUCGAAAUCGAGGCAUUCUGGGCCAGCCCGGAGGCACCACGAGUCGGGACAUGGAGUUCCUACAGUAGCAGAAUGGACUGGCUACUUAUUAGCAGCGGGAGAACGUUGGUGGACCUCAUACCUCAUGGUGUCAAUUCCUUCGCCAAAGUCAGCCAAAACCCGUACAUCCAGAAUGAGGUUACCAGAGGAGUAUCUCUUGCUGCGAAAAUGCACUUGGAGCACGCUGCAACGGGAAUGCCACCGUCGGAGUUUAGCCUGGAAACGGGUAUUAUUGCCGUCAUGUAUUGGGCUUGGGUAUUCAGUACUCGACCCGAGACGAAGGCAACAGCCGUGCAGAUACUGCAAGACUUGGAUAAACGGGAAGGCCCGUGGGAUGCCAGCCAAAUCUUAUCAUCACUACCCAGCGUGGUCAAUCCUCGUCUACUUAUCAGUUAG